AGAGGUCUGAAUAUUGGGCAUCUGUGUUUUUGUUUAGUCUAUGUUUGGAUUCUUUUGGGUGCUGUUCGGGAUCACUGGACACUGUUUGGGAUUUACUCACAGGAUUGCAGUCUGGCUGAUCUGUUGCUGUUUGAGCCAAGCACUGGAGGGUGUACUGGGAUCUAUACUGGUGCUGGGCUGUUUCUGCAGGUGCUGAAUCCUGCCGCCCUAAGAAAGUGAAUCUGAGCCCAGGAGCUGUCCAGCACUAUUUCAGCACCUCUAUAGCCUCACUGUCUCAUUGCACUGUACAGGGCAGUGUGGGUGUCCCCAUUCAAACACUAUGGGCUGUUGUACUGGGCGCUGCACGCUGAUUUUCAUCUGCACUUUACAGAUGUUAGCAGCGCUGGAAAGACAAAUAUUUGAUUUUCUGGGAUACCAGUGGGCACCAAUUCUUGGGAAUUUUCUUCAUAUAAUUGUGGUCAUAUUGGGAUUAUUUGGAACGAUACAGUACAGACCGCGAUACAUUGUAGUUUACACGAUUUGGACAGCGUUCUGGGUUGCAUGGAAUGUAUUUGUCAUCUGUUUUUACCUUGAAGUUGGUGGGCUUUCAAAAGAUACAGAUCUCAUGACAUUCAAUAUUUCUAUCCAUCGUUCCUGGUGGAGAGAACAUGGACCAGGUUGUUUGAGGAAAGUUGUACCGGCUCCAGCAAGCAGUAACCUUGGAGAUCAUUCGUUUAUUUCUGUGACUGAUUGCAUCAUUGAAUUCCAGUACCUAGAGGUCAUCCACAGUGCGGUCCAAAUCUUAUUGUCUCUCAUCGGAUUUGUGUAUGCUUGUUAUGUUAUCAGUGUUUUUACAGAUGAAGAGGAUAGCUGUCGACAUAAAUAAAAUGGAUAACAAAACAAUACCCGCCACUGGUAUCCGUGAACUACUGAAGAAACCGUCUCAUGGAAAAGUUAUCACAAUUUUUUUUGUCGAUGAGAACAACAUUGUUCUGCAACAUUUUUCUGCAGUAGACUGGAUUUUAAAAAGACAACUCCCUAACGUCGUUGCUAGGUGGAAUCUGUUUUUUUUAGUAUUAUGUUAGUUGACUGGACACUGAAAUUGUACAUUUUCUUUUUUUAAUUGUUCUUUUUAUAACAUGUGUAGCAUGAAUCAGUUGGAUCUGUGGAUAUAUUGUUCUCUAUAGAAGGUGAGAUUUAUUUUUUCCCACAAACUUACAGGUACAAUGUGAAAAAUGGGAGUUUAUAAAAUCACUUUAUUGCUGUUGAUAUUGAUGUGAAGGAAGGUGUUUGCUUCCAGAAUGUAAAAAAAAAACUCAAUUUAAAAAAAUUUAAAA